AGCCCGGACUCGAUCCGGUCUGGUCGUGCACGCCGCGGACAUCAGCUUGUCCAGUAGUUGUCUGAUCCGUUGCUCGGCUUCCAGGAUUUCUGUCACCCCGUCCCUCGCCGUAUAAAUUCGCCUCGCGGCUUGCACAUCCAUAUGGCUGUUCUCGACAGCGAUUCGUGUCCAGGAAACUUGGAAUUGCCGUUAUUGCUGUUGAGGUACUCUGAAAGCGAGCAAUGCUGUGGAGAAGCGACAGAGAUCGGUGCGAGAGGUGAAGAUCGAGCGAGUACAAGUUGUCGAAAUCGAAAUCGAAACCGAAAUUUCUGGUCUCUGGUUUCGCUCGCCGCGGCUCUUGCUCUUGCUCUUGGUCCCUGCUCGAGAAGAAGCGCCCAAGAUUUUGCAUCUCCGUCGUCGAGGAAGCUGAUCCUCUUGUGAGGAAUUCGUCGCCGAAGAUGGGCUGGAAGGGGUUCGUCGAGGGCGGGCUGGCGUCCAUCGUCGCCGGAUCGGCCACGCACCCUCUGGACCUGAUCAAGGUUCGAAUGCAGCUGCAGGGAGAGGCCGCCGCGCCGGCGCCCGCCCUGGCCUCGGCCUCGGGCUCGUCCUUCUCGACGAGCUACGGCACCGGGACCAUCUCCAUGGGGCGGCAGGUGGUGCGCGCCGAGGGCGUCAAGGCCUUGUACUCGGGCGUGUCGGCGUCGAUUCUGCGCCAGGUGCUCUACUCGUCGACGCGGCUGGGCCUGUACGAGGUGCUCAAGGUGCAAAUGCAGGACGAGCACGAGAAAUCGCUGCCGCUGCACAAGAAGAUCGCCGCGGGGCUGGCCGCGGGAGGCGUUGGCGCGGCCGUUGGGUGCCCGGCCGACGUUGCCCUAGUGCGCAUGCAGGCCGACGGUCGGCUGCCGACGUUCCAGCGCCGCAACUACAAGGGCGUGGCGGACGCGCUGGUGAGAAUCGUGCGCCAGGAAGGCAUCGGCUCGCUGUGGACGGGCUCGGGCGCCACGGUGCAGCGAGCGAUGAUCGUCACCGCGUCGCAGCUCGCGACCUACGACCAAAUCAAAGACUUUCUGAUCUCGAAGCACGCCCUGCAAGACGGGCUCUCGACCCACAUUGCGGCCAGCGUGUCCGCGGGCUUCGUCACCUCCGUGGCCUCCAAUCCCAUCGACGUGAUCAAGACUCGCAUCAUGAACAUGGAGGUGCAGCCCGGGCAGACGCCCCCUUACUCCGGCGCCAUCGAUUGCGCCAUCAAGACCAUCAAGAAAGAAGGCCCCAUGGCUCUCUACAAAGGAUUCAUCCCCACCGUUUCCCGCCAGGGUCCCUUCGCCGUGGUCCUCUUCGUCACUCUGGAACAAGUGAAGAAGCUGCUGAAAGAUUUCUGAUCGCCCCAAGCGCUCCGCCAUUCGACUGGAGCACGAUCAUUACACAUUAGACUUUAUUUGAAUUCGGACCUUGCGCGCACGCACCCGCUUAAUGAUUUGGGACCAGGUCUGUAUGUAAACUGACACAAUAUUCCAACGGAUUUUGUUACACAUUUGAGAUCACGGGGCCUCUUUUUAGUUGUAGGACCCUAAACGCAAUUAGAUGUACCCACGGAGGCCUGUGAACAUAGACGAGAUAGAAUACAGAGUGAUCUUUUAGUCGAGAGAAAACGUAUAUUAGGCAUUGGAGUGAAGGCUGCGAAGCCCCGAUAUAGGAUACGCCAUGUGAAAGGCAGCGAAUCCUCUACCUACUGCUCUUCCGAGAG